UUCUGUCAUUUCAUUUCCCAGUUGAUCGUGGUCAGUUGAAUUUUCUAGGCCGGUUACUGACACGCAGUGUAAUCAAGUGUUCUGCUAGUGUAUGGGAAGUUAAAGUUGGGUGGGUCCAGGUUAUAUUCCAAGUGUUUCGCCGGUUAAACUACAAAGAGUGCUAAUAAUUUACUGUAGUUUACUACACAGGAAAAUAAGUCCUUUUCAAACUGGAUUAUUGUUGCCAUCUGUUGUGUCGGUAUGUUAACCUAGAUUGCAAAUUUCUCUAAACCCAUAUAGUUUUGCUUCUGGAGGGUAUUUUGCUUCUCUUGGACUUCUGUUCUACUUGUAAAAAUACUUAAAUUAAAAUGAAGGACUACUACGAAGAUCUUACUCUAAGAAACUAUUCUUAUAUAUUUAAUUUUGAAGAGGAAUUUAAGCAUUUGGAUUCAAGAGUAUGGAUGAUCAAACAUUGGACCAAAGGAUUCUACUAUUGUGCUAUUUACAUGAUUUUAAUCUUUGGUGGCCAAUACUACAUGCAGUCUAGACCCAGAUUUCAACUUAGAGGAGUCCUAUCGCUGUGGAACACACUUUUAGCCAUAUUUAGUAUAAUUGGUGCCUGCAGAACUGCACCUGAACUAAUACACGUUCUCAAGAACUAUGGAAUAUACCACUCAAUCUGCGUCCCAAGUUUCAUCGAACAUGACCGAGUCGCUGGUUGCUGGUCGUUCCUCUUCGUUCUCUCCAAGCUUCCUGAACUGGGAGACACGAUGUUCAUUGUUCUACGGAAGCAACCUCUCAUCUUCCUCCACUGGUAUCAUCACAUUACGGUUCUUCUCUACUCCUGGUUCUCUUAUACAGAAUACACUUCCUCCGCCCGCUGGUACAUCGUGAUGAACUACUGCGUACACUCCAUCAUGUACUCCUACUAUGCUCUGCGCUCCAUGGGAUAUCGUCCUUGGAAGAACAUCGCUAUGUUGAUCACCUCUUGUCAACUCACCCAGAUGAUCGUCGGUUGUGCUGUCAAUAUUUGGGCUGCUCAAUAUCUUCAGGAAGGCAAACAAGACUGCCACGUAUCUUGGUUCAACAUCAAGUUGUCACUUCUGAUGUACUUCAGCUACUUUGUUCUGUUUGCAAGAUUCUUCUACAAAGCUUACCUCAACCCGAGUGCUGGUAAACGCAAGGCACAGAUGAGUGACAUCCCUGGCAAAUACACCAGCAACGCCAGCAAUGCUAAGGUCAAGGCUCAGUAAGUACACUGCGAAUAACUGGAUUGAAUUGGUGAAAGAAAGAAAUACUUUCGACUUUUAGUUGUGAUCUCUUAUAGUAACGACUGUCUUGAGUGGUUGUUCAGUUAGUUACCGGUACUUUUCUUAGAGAUAAAUGAAUUUUAUGAUGAAUUCACUUCUCUCUCUCUCUCUCUUACUCCGGUUAAAUUAAACCAACGGUUUUAGUCUCCGCUGUAAAAUUAUGCUAACAUUUUUAUCACGCCGUCGAAUGUUUUUCUUUCUUUCCCAAUCUCAUCCGUUUCUGAAGUGCACAAAGUAUAAUGGACUGAAGUUAUGAUAGAGAGUUUUUCUUCAGAGAAAUCUUGCAGUAAUUUAUUUUAUACAUGCUAGUCAUUAACAUUCAUUAUUGUUGUGGAUAGAAUCAGGUCUUGUUAUGCCGAUUGUGGACAAAAUCGCACAAGUGGCCAUCUACAUGUUCCUGUUGCAUGAAUUACUUAAGAAACUAAUUUGUAUAAAAUAUUCAGGACAUGUACAUUUUCAGUUUUAGUUUUAUGUAAGCAAGUUAGUUAACCUUUUGAAGAAUUUUGUACCAACCCUCUGAAGCUAAUAAUGCACUCAUCAGAAUUUCUGUGAUUUAAAAUUGUUAUUAAUUGUAGAUUUUGUACAUUUUUUGUCUAUCAAAAAGUAUAUAGAAAAUCAAUUGGUAUGUGAAGUAAGUUUGGAAAAGAAAUUGAUUGUUACCACCACUAUUAGUUUUUGUUUAGGCCACUGUUAUUGAAGCACUAUAUAGUCAAAAGACUAACUGUAGGUUUUUUUAUGAUUUUUUACCUCUUAAGUCUUUUUUUAAGAUCAAGUAUCAUUUAAGUAUCAAAACAAUGUAUCAUAUUGUACAGCUGGAACAAAUUUUGACUUAAGCUAACUCAGGCUGAUAGCCUUAUAACCUACAAGUGUGUUCAAAAUUUCACCAUGCCGUCCUAAAGUCAGUUUACUAAAUUAAUUAAAGUUAUGUGAUUUUUCUGCAAUAGUUAACUUAUACCUAACAUUUUGUUCAUAGUGUGCAUAUUUUUUACAUUUAUAAUUAAAUAUAUCAGAUCAUU